AUGGAUUUGGCAUCUAGGGUAGACCCCGAGGUAUAUCUAAAGGAUAGCCAUGCUUUGCGCCCGUGCGAGCCUUCUGAUGGACGCGCUCACGCAGAAAAACAACUCUGUGUUGAUGAGCCCAUACAUAGCUCGAAAGAUGCGCGUGGCGUUUCGGCAAGGCCGCACAAAAAGGAAACGAAAGCCUUCCGCGUCUCAGUGUGGCUGAUACUCGCUUACCUUGUAGGUUUUUCUGUGUUGCUUUCACACUGCCAGAACACACAAUGGAACACAGUGAAUGAGGGCGCGUCAAUACGUCUCCUUGCAGAUCACAGUAGCCACGGGAGAUCUGGGCGCCCGCAGAACCCCUUCUACGUGGAAGGUGAUUUGACUUUUCUUGGGCCAGAGGAACUAGCAUGGCUUUGCUCUGAAGUCGGAAGCUGGGCCCCAGCAACAGCGCGCACAACCGACGGCGCGGAGACAUCACCGUUGGUGGCUGCCAGCACUUCCAAAUCAGAAGAAGGGAACUUGCAGGCAGAGAGCGUGCAAGCCUCGACUAACCUGCACUCACCUUUUGUAGGCAAGCAGGCACCGUCUAUGCUUGAUCUGGAUGAUUCCGCGUGGAACCCAGCUUACUCUAACUCUGAAAUUAGCGUGGAGCAACUGGAGAGCGGAGAAGUACUUGAACAUGGAGAUGGUCUUUCUGCAGGGUCAGCUCCAGCAUCUCAUGUUCCCCGUUCGCAAGUGCAAACAAAUGUUUUUCAUUCCGUCUCUCAGCCUUCUUCCUCGUCACCUUCUUUUGCAGUUGCUGAAGGGCCAGAGGCAAAUUUUCCUUCCAUCGCAGAAGGAGAAACUCAAGAAACACGAUGGGUUGACCUACAAACGCGGAGCUCCCAAGAAAGCCACACAAUCGACAAUGCGGCGAAUGCAUCACCUACUGGGAACAAUAUCAUGCCUAAAGAAGGGAUUCUGGGGGAAAGCACCAUGCAAGUGUCGACCAAUCUGCACGCCCCUGUUCUAGGUGGACCGGCGCCCUUUAUGCUCGGUAUAGAUGCUUCUGGGCUAGACCCAGCAUAUUCUGCCUCUAACUCUGAAAUUAGUGUGGAGCAACUGGAGAGCGGAGAAGUACUUGAAUAUGGAGAUGGUCUUUCUGCAGG